AUGCUCCCCCCCCCCAGGUUUGUGCAGUACAAGGCGACGUCGCUGGAGAAGCAGCACAAACACGACCUGCUGACAGAGCCCGACUUGGGCGUCACCAUCGACCUCAUCAACCCUGACACCUACCGCAUCGACCCCAGCGUGCUUCUGGACCCGGCAGAUGAGAAGCUGCUGGAAGAGGAGAUCCAAGCACCCACCAGCUCCAAGAGGUCUCAGCAACACGCCAAGGUGGUGCCAUGGAUGCGCAAGACCGAGUACAUCUCCACCGAGUUCAACCGUUACGGCGUCUCCAACGAGAAACCUGAGGUCAAGAUCGGCGUGUCGGUGAAGCAGCAGUUCACGGAGGAAGAGAUAUACAAAGAUCGUGACAGCCAGAUCGCCGCCAUCGAGAAGACCUUUGAGGAUGCCCAGAAAAGGGGGAGGGGGUGGGAAUGUGGGUUUUUGCCCCCCCCCCCCCGGGGCCGGUCCCAGCUCGGGGGCCACGUGCUCAGGCCACUCGUGGGGAGGCGGCGGCCGUCGAGGAGCAUCGGGGCGGGGGGGUCGCGCCGGGGGGCCGCCGCCGCCAGCCAAACGCUCCUCUAA